GUGGAAGAAGCGACUGUAUUGCUCAUUUCAAUUCUGAGUCUUGUCGAGUGAACACGUCAAUAAAUCUACCCGUGAAAUCCAAAGUAUAUACUUAUAUUCCUAUCAGUCUCUGUGAAGUUUACUGACAGGUUGAGGACAAUGAGAGUCGUGCAGAACAAGGAAUUACCUUCCUUUGGGAAAAUGAACAAUAAUAACGGAGAAGACUUUUUGAAAGGUGGGGAGAUAACUCUCGUCAAACCUACGGUGGUGAAACCGGCGGCCGUGCCUGAAAUUUCUUUUAGCUUGUUCGCCAGUCCCGAAGCACAGAAGGCCCUCAAGUUCGUUAAUGGCGAGGAAAACGAAGAAGAGAACAAUAAUGAGGAUGACUGUAAUGAAAACGAGGUUGAGAAUGCAAAAGAAGUUGAAACAAAAUCGAAAGAGUGUGAAGAGGGCAUAAAGAGCAGGUACAGAUGGAGAGUGGUUGCAAGAACUGUUUCUGCUUGUCCUCGAGUAGGUACAAAGACACAACCAAAUACAAACAAGAAAUCGACAAGUCCUUGUAGAUCUGUGAAAACAGCUGAUGAGGUUGCUCCAAGAAUGAGAAGGAGAGCAAGCCUUGCUCCAGAUCACCGAUGUUUAAGUCCUACACCACCAAAGUUUAACCGAUCACGGAGAAUGUCACUCUCCCCAAGCCGCCAUCCACUCCUUCCUAACAGACCCAUCUCCCCUACUCCUCUGGCCAAUAUCGAAAAGACUUCUUCAGAUUCCAACUUAGAGAUGACAAACAGAACAUCAUCCCAAGAAAUAAAAAUUGAAUCGGAGACCUCUCCACCUAGGGAUAAACCUGAUGUAACUGGUGGAAACCCUGCAAUUGCUCGUGCUAUAUCUAGACGUCGUUUUUCUUUACCAAUUACUCCCAGUUCCCAAUCUAUGAUUCCCCAUCCUCCAUCGCCAUCUCCACGAAGAAGCUUUCCUCCACCCAAUUCAUCUAACCCAUCUUCACCUACGUCCAAUAGAGGCAACAGGAAAGCAUCGGUGACAAAUACUCUACAAGCCAAUCGACAGAAACUUGAAGCUCUGAUGAAAGAACGAUCAAGGGCCAUCGCCAACUUGACAAUCGGUGGGAGCAGAGAAAGCAUCCCGUCACCAUCAUCAUCAAUGAAGUCAAAGCAAGAUAGCCCGGCGAUGUCGCCUGCACCUAUCAGAGCAAAUCAUAAAUUGAUUCGGCCAUCGCUACCUAGAAGAUCAUCGAUUACGUCAGAAACAGAGUCAGAUGCAUCACACACAGAUUCAUUUGAGACAAUAAGUUUAUUAGACGGUGGUGAAGCAGCCAACCUGGAUGAUAUGAUGGCAGAUGUCAUCGACAUGGGAUCGUCGCCACCCACUGACGUCACGUCAAGGAAGAACGAUUCCCCCUCCUCUUUCUCUCCAAGAAAUUUGACAGCGUCCCCUCUUCCUCCAAGAAAUCUGACACAAUCCCCUCAUCGAUUGGCUGGCGGACGCCCUAUCUUUAAACGACGAGGCUUCUGUUCAUUAGAUUCUGGAAUUUCAUUCAGCGACACAUCGUCUGUCGCAUCCGAACAGGAGUCGACGACAUCGACCACCAACCCAGCUGAUGAUGAGUUACCAAGGAUGUCUCGAUUACGUAAUCGUCGGGGCACUAUUUGCAUGGGGUCGUUGAGCGCGUUGGUAGACUUGGAAUCAAGACGUUCAUCAUCAUCCAGUCCCUGUCCUUCCCAAACGACCUCGAGCCAGCGAUCAAACGAUGAAAUCGAAGAGGAAGUCGAAGAUGAGAUUCAGAAAAGGAUCUUACAGAGGAAGAGUCAGUUGGUGAUGCAGGCUGCACCAGGAAGUGUGACAGUGUCAUCCGCCGUGUCAAGGCUUGAAGCUCGGGCUAUCUCAAAAACAACCAACGGAAGAUUGAAGAAAAUCAUGGGUAAUCUAACAUUAGAAAGAACAACAUCUGAACUAUUGAGCAUGAAAGCCGCAGCAAAGAGAAUGGAGUUUGAUAAUAGCAAAAAAUCAAAAUCAUUAGACAGCAGUGAUUAAACACAAAGAAACAAACAUAUAAAUAGAGCAUGUUUAUCGAGUCUGAUGUGAUAAAUUAUAAAAUGUAAUUACAAUAAAUUUCAAUCAUUGCAUAUCUUAUUCAAUUGAGAAUAACAGGACGAAAAAACGUAGGCCCCAGUCAAUUGCACAAACACAACAGUGGACACCUGUAUAUUCUUUCAAAAUUUGUAAAUAUUUUCUCAAUGCAAAUUGUGAAAACUGGUUGGUCUUAUCAAUAUUAAAACUGAUUAUUAUAAUGGAGUGAAUUUGACUGAUGAUAUAUAAUCAUGCAAAAAGUCGUGAGCAACAAACGUAUGUACUAGUAUCAUAAACAAAAUCCUAUUUUACGAAUCUUUGUCGCAAAACAUGUAAAUACGAUGUACCUGUAUACAUGUUUUCCAUUUGACUUUCUUUCACAAUGUAACUCCGAUAAUGGUUUGUGAUGCUGAUACCAAAAAAAAAUCAGGGAUGAAAAUGAAAAUCGUCGCUCAUCUUUUAUUUAGAGCAAUUCCUGUGCAUUAUCUAUUAUUACAAUUGCCCCUAUUCAUUCCCCUUCACUUCCUUUCCCUUUCCAACCCCCUCUCGAGAGACUACACCCCCAACAUACCCUCCAUCUCGAUACUUUAUUUUUAGCAAUCAUUCAUUUACGAUUUGCAUUUACUUAUUCACUUAAGUAGCCAGCAAGCAAUAUUUUGUAUAUAAAGUGUACAUCCAUCCUCAACUUGUUAUAUUACGAAAUGUUUUAAUGUGCAAUAAUUAUUUGGUCAAGAUAUUACUGAAAUGGUUUUGAUUUUACUCUUUCCGUUUUUUAAGACAUUUUUGUUGUAAUUUGAAAUUUGACAUUGACACACUUAGUGGCAUAUCUAUAUAGGAAUAAAAGACGCAAAAUGGCGCCACUUCUAACAUUUUUGCCGGGGUUAGCGUUGGUUGGUCCCUCUUCUAACUUUUCACAUUGAUGAAGCUUCUUUGAUUUUUCCCGCGAUUUGAAUCUCGUUUUUUUUCCAUUGCGUGCCAAGGGAAUAAAGGGUAAAUGAUGAAAUGGAAAAAAAACACCGAAAUUUUAAUCCAGAAAAAAUAAAAGAAGCUAUACACGCUGCAGUGAUUUUUUUAAUGAAUGACAGUUCUUAUGUUUAUGCUUAUGGAAGUAUAUGGAUUAAAAAAAAGAACUAUCCAAUAUACGGACAUUAUGUUGUUUUGAUUGAAUCAUUCGAUUGUGUGAAUUAAAUUAUUCAAUAACAUCUCUUUGUAUUG